UACCCGAUGUUCAACGGGAAGAUGAAAUAACAGUUAUGAAAACGUGUUUCAUUCCGCUGCACACCUGACAAGCAGCCUGGACGUUAGCUGCUAACUUCCUCUUUCACAAUUUGGCUCAGGAUUUAACGCAACCACUAAAUGGCUUCCGAUAUGCACAUUAAGAUUGGGAUCAUUGGAGGUUCAGGCCUCGAUGAUCCGGAUAUCUUGGAAGGAAGGACCGAGCGUUACGUUGACACGCCAUAUGGAAAGCCCUCGGAUGCUCUCAUAGUGGGGAAGAUAAAAAACGUUGAAUGUGUGCUCCUUGCAAGGCAUGGGAGACAGCAUACAAUAAUGCCAUCCAAUGUGAACUACCAGGCCAACAUCUGGGCACUGAAGGAGGAGGGCUGCACACAUCUGUUGGUCACCACAGCCUGUGGUUCCCUUAGGGAGGAGAUCCAGCCAGGAGACAUUGUGAUCAUAGAUCAGUUCAUUGACAGGACUACCAAGAGGGCUCAAACACUGUAUGAUGGACAGCCCACUAGUCUUCCAGGCGUGUGUCACAUUCCCAUGGCAGAGCCUUUCUGCAAUAGAACCAGAGAGGCGUUGGUGGAGGUUGCGCGAAGCCUGGGGAUCAAGUGCCAUGCACGAGGCACCAUGCUGUCUAUUGAGGGGCCUCGCUUUUCCUCACGGGCUGAGAGCCUGAUGUUCCGCCAAUGGGGUGCUGAUGUCAUCAAUAUGACCACCGUGCCAGAGGUGGUACUGGCUAAGGAGGCUGGUCUGUGUUAUGCCAGUAUUGCCAUGGCCACUGACUACGACUGCUGGAAGGAACAUGAGGAAGCUGUCUGUGUUGACAAUGUAUUGAAGACGAUGAAGGAGAAUGCCAACAAAGCCAGUAGUAUCCUGCUCACCAUAAUACCUCAGAUCUGUCAGAUGGACUGGAGUCCCACGAUAAAGGCAUUGAAAUCAACCGCACAAUCUUCUGUAAUGCUUCCAAAACACUGAGUACAGUAGACUUGUAAUUUAGUAUGAAAUGAUAUGACUCCUAAACCUGAAACCAUCACAACCAUCACCAACUUGGACAAUGGAUUUGUCCAUCUCUGCCUGUGGAUUUGUCAUCAAUUACAAGAAAGUGCCUGACACGUAAUGCAUGUCUUCUGAGUCCUCAAUUGGAUUUUCUUUUUUUCUUUGAAUAUGGAAACAAAUGAUUAAAAAAAAAGUGUAUUAUAAUACUGGACACCCUUUUACAGGUAAACAUUCACCAUCACUCUAGCGUGAUUCAUUGGGCGCUCCAGCCCACCACUUCUUCCAAGAUGCCAAACCAUUUUGACAGAUUAACAAAGGUUGUAAUGUCUAGAUUUAAGGUCUUUUAGGUCUCACACAUACUCUAUAUAUUAUUUUUCAUGUGUGACUACUAUAUAUAUAUAUAUAUAUAUAUAUAUAUAUAUAUAUAUAUAUAUAUAUAUAUGUA